AACACGAUCGCCGCCUGUGAAACCCUACGAUCGAUCUCGGAGACUCAGAGUCGUCUCUCUCCCUGCGCCUGUCAUCGCCGUCUGUCAUCUCCGAUUGCUUUGCCCUGCUUAAGCUGCCUCUGAUAACCAAAGAGCCAUGUCGUUUAUGAAGGGUGAUUUGCUUACGAGGACAAGAAAGCUUGUGAAGGGGUUGGCGAUGGCCGAACCUGUUUGGCUUAAAGCCAUGGAACAGGCCCCACCAGUGUCAUUUCCUCGUGCUGAUGGCAAGGUCAAACAGAUGACUCUCCCGGAGGAUGUAUAUGUAAAGAAGUUCUUCCAGAAGCAUACAGAUUCUAAAUAUGAAGAUUCUAUCAAUUUCUGUGGAUUUGAUCCAACUCCAGCCCGUGAAUUUGGUUGUCGGGUGCUUGACCUAAAGGAGCAGGGUGUUGGUGAGGAGGAAGCUAUGGCAGUGGCUGAUAUGGAAUAUCGGGCAGAAAAGAAGGCUAAAAAGAAGGCAUAUGCACGACUGAAGCAAAUCGCACGACUUCAAGGAAAGAGACCUCCUCCGAACCCCUACCCUAGUGCUAUCAAAGCGAUACAGGCUGAAGAGAGGCCGUUCGUGCGUGCCCGUUUCUUUGAUCAGAAGAUACUCCAAAUUGUAGAGAAGAUGAAAGAGGAGAGGGCGGCUGAAAUGCAAGACAGAAUGGGUGGUAGAAUGCAAUGAUAAUGUAGACAUAAUGACAUAUAUAGAGUUGUCCUUUGUUCUUUUUGAAGUUGAAUUCUAUUGAUAUCUACUGCCAGUGAUUUGUUUCCCUGGAUUUUGGUUGGAGUCUGUUUCAGGAUUGUUGCCAAUAAAAUUGUUACUGUCGGCAUGUGUGUCGAAUUUGCGGACACAUAACUCACACACCUACUCAAGUGUUGAGCGUCGUUCAGGCAUUUUGAAAGUCCAUGUUGACAUAUAUGAACUGCAUUUGAAAUGCUCAA